AAAUGGCCCCGUCGGGCAACAAGGAUAGUUUUGACCGUGCAUAUUUGUGCCAUAAAAUAUUCGAUCUUAAUUGGCAGCUAUUUGGGUGUUUGUACUAACCGACCUCCCGUUUUUGAACUGUGGUCACUAAAUGAAGGGGUUCUGGCCUGGAAAGGCCUAUGCAUUCCUUCAACUGGUUGGGGAACGAAGACAAUGUUCUCUGACAAUCUCGAGAAUAGGAGGGAAUGUUGACCAGGGAGCACCCCGGCGGCCGAGCAAAGGAGCAGGAACUGGAGCCCGAGCUGAGUCCGAAAAACGCCGGAUCCGUACUGGGGCUCCGGCGCGGCUGGGAAAGGACGAUGGAGGAGCCGGAGGAACCCGCGGACAGUGGGCGAGAGCUACCCCCGGUUUACAUCUACAGUCCCGAAUAUGUCAGCAUUUGCGAUUCCCUGGCCAAAGUCCCCAAACGGGCCAGUAUGGUACAUUCUUUGAUUGAAGCAUAUGCUCUGCAUAAGCAAAUGAGGAUAGUUAAGCCCAAAGUGGCGUCAAUGGAGGAGAUGGCCGCCUUCCACACGGAUGCCUAUCUGCAGCACCUCCAGAAGGUUAGCCAAGAAGGAGAUGAUGAUCACCCGGACUCCAUAGAAUACGGUCUAGGUUAUGACUGCCCAGCCACUGAAGGAAUAUUUGACUAUGCAGCAGCAGUAGGAGGGGCCACAAUCACAGCUGCCCAGUGCCUGAUUGAUGGGAUGUGCAAAGUAGCAAUUAACUGGUCCGGAGGGUGGCAUCACGCAAAGAAAGAUGAAGCAUCUGGUUUUUGUUAUCUCAAUGAUGCUGUCCUGGGAAUAUUACGAUUGCGACGGAAAUUUGAGCGUAUUCUCUACGUGGAUUUGGAUCUGCACCAUGGAGAUGGCGUUGAAGAUGCCUUCAGUUUUACCUCCAAAGUCAUGACGGUGUCCCUGCACAAAUUCUCCCCAGGAUUUUUCCCAGGAACAGGUGAUGUGUCUGAUGUUGGCUUAGGAAAGGGCCGGUACUACAGUGUAAAUGUGCCCAUUCAGGAUGGCAUUCAGGAUGAGAAGUAUUACCACAUCUGUGAAAGUGUACUGAAGGAGGUAUACAUAGCCUUUAAUCCCAAAGCAGUGGUCUUACAGCUCGGAGCUGAUACAAUAGCUGGGGAUCCCAUGUGCUCCUUUAACAUGACUCCAGUGGGAAUUGGCAAGUGUCUCAAGUACAUCCUUCAGUGGCAAUUGGCAACGCUCGUUUUGGGAGGAGGAGGCUAUAACCUUGCCAAUACAGCUCGAUGCUGGACAUACUUGACCGGGGUCAUCCUAGGGAAAACACUAUCCUCUGAGAUCCCAGAUCAUGAGUUUUUCACGGCAUAUGGUCCUGAUUAUGUGCUAGAAAUCACGCCAAGCUGUCGGCCAGACCGCAACGAGCACCACCGAGUCCAGCAAAUCCUCAACUACAUCAAAGGGAAUCUGAAGCAUGUGGUCUAGUUGACAAAAAGAGAUCAGGUUUCCAGAGCUGAGGAGCAGUGCCUGUAAUGAAGACAGCGUGUUUAUGCGAGCAGUGUGUGGAAUUUGUGACUGCAGGGGAAAUUUGGAAGAAAUUACUUCCUGAAAAUUUCCAAGGGGCACCAAAGUGGCAGCUGGCCUCCUGGGGUGAGGCAAGCAGGCACCCCAGAGGCCUCAACUAGGCCUAGGGGAAGAGAGAGAUUUCCAACAUUUUAAAGUGUUUAUUUUUAAAAAACACACAAAUGCCAUUUUUAAUCUUUGAAAAUUAUUUUUAAGCAAGUUGGGGAGGGGGUAUUUUUAUUUUCUUAAAGGAGACAGAUCAGAGGUUGGAGGAAAGCAUGGAGCUUGGGUCAUAAGUGUGUGGGACAGGGGCAGGGAGAGAAGGCAGCUUGUGGGCCUCAGGACCCUGUAGGUAGACCCCUGGGCAAGCCCUGGGAGCCUGACUGCUCAGCAGACUGGGAGGUGUGGGAAAGGCCAGCUGUGUUGUUCUUAGAAUCAUGGAUCUAUUUUGUUUUUUAAUUAAAUCUUUGAAAACCUA